CCUCCCCCUCCUCCUCCUCCUCCUCCCCAUCACUACUGCCCGUCUCAUCUCACAUAUCAACCCCCCUCCCCCCAUCUCCCAGCCUUUGUCGCACCACUACUCACUUCACCUCACCUCUUCUCUCCAUUCACCAUCCAAUCUAACAUGUCCUUCCAGGAUCCUCUUACUCGUCUCGGCACCGACGUCUUCGUCGAGGUCCUAGUGCACCUCAACCUGCGCGAUCUCCUUGCAGCAGAACUAGUCUCCAAAGCGUGGCGUCUGUGCGCCGCAGAACACUCUUCACAUCUUUGGCGCACUCAAGCUUACUCCGUUGGCGUAGAGCGCGUCGACCUUGCGGUAGGUAACGCCCUCGCCGCAACAAGCAAAUAUCCGUGGCCUCAGCACGACAUGCGCCCCAUCGCUGACCGUACCCGCCUAAAGCCCGGCAGGUGGCGGUGGCGGCAAAUCGUGCAGGAGAACCUUGUGCUGUUGGACGCUUGGGCCCGCGCGGCCUGCACCGUCGAGUGGGUCACACCGUUCCCAAAUACAGUUUGGCGCAUCAAGAGCGACCCCGAGUCCGGUACCAUGCUCGCCACCUCGCGCGUGACUGGAGAGCUCAACGAUGAAAUCGACGUUCCCGGCCUCCAGGUCGUGGACCGCCGCACAUCGCAGCCGCUCUGGAGCAUCCCAGACCUGCAGGGGUACAGUCACUUGGAGGCUGGCGCCGGUUUCUUCGUCAUUAACCGCGGGCGGAGCUCGGACGGCGCCUUCGAAGUGUGGCGCAAUGACCAGGCCCGCAAGCGUAGCGUGCUUCCCAAAAUCGGCGUGAGCAACUUCACCGGCGAGAGCUUCGCGGACGAGACGUACGAUCCCGAAUCACUUACCUCGCCUCUUCCACGCGGCCACUAUGAGCACUUCCGCACGCUGUUGCCUCCUGCCCUUGCGCGUGCGUACCGGCUGCACAUUGAUCGCGAGGGCACGUCGACUGCGGCGGCCGUGCUGGCUUCUUGCGCCACCGCGGCCAUUCACAUCUGGCACCUCGAUGAGGCCAUCGAGAUGGAGACUAUCAAGCGUGGAAUUGAGGACCAGGGAACACCUAAUUACAUUGAGCUGGACGACAACUUCGUCUUCGUCUGCGACGACUGGCAGAUGCACGUGUACCUGCGCGAAACACAGGCGCACCUUGUUUCGUUCCCGCCUAUGCGCGGGCCGCCGGCCGAUAUUGCGCGCCUCGGCUUCCCGCUAAGCAUCACCGAUGACUUCAAGGCGAUUCCCGACUCUGAGCGGGCCGCCGGUGCCGCACCCGUUGGCCGUGCCAUCGCUUGUGGCGUUUACCCUCGCGAACGUGCAUUCAAAGACGUGAUCGAGCGCUCCAUCGCCAUGAUGCGGACCGUACACCAAGGCGGUGCCGUUACGUACGGCUUCUCUGCUUGUCACUUCACCUCGCGCCACCUCGUCUGUACGACCGAGGCUGGCGGCGUGCUCAUCGUGCGCAACUAUCGCGACGUGUUCGCACAAUGCUUGCGGAUGGAGGAGCUGGACCCGCCCCUCGCGUCCUACCCGUAUCGUCAUGUGGCAGCUGCCAAGCGGGCCAAACACGUCGCGGACAACAGCAUCAUCAUCGGCCUUGGGACGACGGUCAAGCAGCUCACGACGUAUAACGACCACAUCGUGUUCGCGACGUCCUUCAAUGUCCUCCUUCUGGAUGGGCGCGCCAUUCCCGACAUCCCAGCGCGUGCUUUGAGAGCUGGCGGCGCAGAGACUGCCUCUGAGCAAGAUGAGACACGAGUCAUGGACGACGAGGGGAGCGACUACUCAACAGACGAUGACGAAGAUGAUGGCGAGUCUGAAGACGAGUCGGAGGACGACGAACCGGAGGAGAGGAAGCGGGAGACGCCCGCAAGGCGGGCUCGCCCGUCCGACGCAGACAGCGGCGGCGAAGACAUGCCCCUUCUAGACAGCGACAGCGUCGACAGCGUCGACAGGAAGGCCAAGGCGGGCGACCGCUUUGGCGACGACAUGCGCCCCACGCUCCGCUGCCACGUCCUCCUCGGAAACCACCAGCAGAGCAUGAAGCUCUCAUCGUGUCUCCAAGCCGACGCGCGCAGCAUCUACGUGACAUACUGGGCGUCGGGGGAGUUUGGCGAGUUUGGGGUCGGAGGCGUGACGUCGUCCCCGCCUGAGGCGCGCGACGGGCUGGGUAUGUGCAUCAAGGCGUGGACGUUCGGGGGCGGCUUGAACGAGUGAGCGCGAGCAGUGCACGCUGUGCGGCAUUGGAGAUGGGGGUGGUGUAAGGUAGUAGGUUGUAUGAAGAAUCUGCCUGACAUAUG